AUGUCUGUUCCCUUUCCAGAGGUGAAGUGUCCUCGACCACCAAACAUCGCCAACGGGCAGCACAGUGGCCAGUCCUCGGACACUUUUCCCCGGGGAGUGACUGUGUACUACAGCUGCAGGGAUGGCUACACGCUGAUUGGGAACAUGUCCAUCAACUGCACAGAUGCCGGGCUGUGGAGCCGGCCCCGGCCCCGCUGUGAAGUCCGACCUUGCCCCAUGCCUCCAGGGAUCGACAAUGGGAAUCACAAUGGCCAGGGCACAGCGUUUUUCACCAUGGGGAUGUCCGUGACAUACACCUGCGAUCCCGGCUACUACCUUGUUGGAAACGCAGUUGCUUUUUGCAGAGCCUCUGGGAACUGGAGCCUUCCCACGCCUCGCUGUGAAGAGGUGAAGUGUCCUCGACCACCAAACAUCGCCAACGGGCAGCACAGUGGCCAGUCCUCGGACACUUUUCCCCGGGGAGUGACUGUGUACUACAGCUGCAGGGAUGGCUACACGCUGAUUGGGAACAUGUCCAUCAACUGCACAGAUGCCGGGCUGUGGAGCCGGCCCCGGCCCCGCUGUGAAGUCCGACCUUGCCCCAUGCCUCCAGGGAUCGACAAUGGGAAUCACAAUGGCCAGGGCACAGCGUUUUUCACCAUGGGGAUGUCCGUGACAUACACCUGCGAUCCCGGCUACUACCUUGUUGGAAACGCAGUUGCUUUUUGCAGAGCCUCUGGGAACUGGAGCCUUCCCACGCCUCGCUGUGAAGUGACUAUCUGCAUAAAUCCAGACAUAGAGAAUGGAAGGAAAGUUGAUGGUCAAGGACUUAUCUAUGGACCUGGGCAAACAGUUACAUUUCAGUGUCAUAAUGGUUACAGCCUGCAAGGUAGUGCUAAAAUCUACUGCCAGGAGGAUGGCACCUGGGAUCCUCCUGUUCCAGUCUGUAGUAGAGGUGGUUGUGGUGCUCCUACAAGGUUACUCUUUGCUGAGCUAAGUGAGGAGUAUAAAAAUGAGAUUGACUUUCCUGUUGGGAAGACUGUGAGAUACACUUGCCGACCUGGAUAUGCUAAACACCCAGGAAUGUCACCUACUAUUACAUGCCUUGACAGUGGAGUGUGGUCAGAAGCGCUAGAGUUCUGGAAGCAGUGUAGGCAUCCUGGUGAACCCGAGAAUGGCAAGAUUAGUUUCAUAACAGAUCUCCUACUUGGGUCAACAGUGAUCUACAGCUGUGAGGAAGGGCACAGGUUAAUUGGGCAGCCUAGCAGACGAUGUGAGAUUUCUGAUACAGGACGUGUUGAAUGGAGUGGCCGCAUUCCCAUUUGUCAGCGUAUUCCUUGUGAGCCACCUCCGAAUAUUCCUAACGGGAAGCACACGGGCAGGCUGUUAGACGAAUUCCACUUCGGCACGUCUGUAACGUACACCUGUGACUCAGGACAGCCUCCACGAGGGGAGUCCUCCAUUCACUGCACCACUGAGGACGGGCAGAACGGUGUAUGGAGCGGACCUCCCCCUCAGUGCGGAGAGGUUACAUGUCCUGUCCCACAGAUCCAGAAUGGGCGAAGAGUGUCUGCUGCUAAGAAUGCCUACACACACAAAGACACAGUUACCUUUGAGUGUGAGCCAGGCUACGUCAUGCGUGGCCACAGUGUGGUACAAUGUCAACUAAAUAACACCUGGGAGCCACCUGUGCCAGCCUGUGAACAGGCUGGCUGUAAUGCACCUACAAGACUGGUGUUUGCUGAGUUAAAGAAGGAGUACAGCAAUCAGACUAUCUUUGCUGUGGGAAAGGCAGUAGAAUAUGUGUGUCGGCCUGGAUAUGCCAGACACCCGGCAAUUCAGCCAUCUAUCACGUGUCUCCAAAAUCGGACGUGGUCUGCAGCACUGGAGUUCUGUAAAACAAUCGUGUGUGACCCACCUCCGGACAUCCCUCGUGGGAGACACACUGGCCACCUGAUGGACGACUUCUCCUACGCGGCUGUGGUCACGUACACGUCGGUGAUUUGUCCCCCUCCUCCAAUCAUUGCCAACGGGAAGCACAGCCAUCAGUCCUCAGACAAGUUUCUCCCAGGAAUGACUGUUCAGUACACCUGCAGGGAUGGCUAUUCCCUCAUUGGGAAUGCAUCCAUUAACUGUACUGUCUUGGGAACAUGGAGCCGUCCCCGGCCCCGAUGUGAAGCAACUGGCUGCAAAAGACCAAAGAUUGAUAAUGGAAGAACAACUGGAGCAGAGACCAUGUACAAACUUAUGGACACCGUUGUCUUUGAAUGCAAUUUUGGUUAUGCCUUAAAGGGCUCUCAAGAGUCCCGGUGCCAGUUUGGAGGCACAUGGGACCCUCCUGUCCCCACCUGUGAAAAGAUGCUGCGAUGUCCGUCCCCUCCAAGUAUCAAAAAUGGCCAGCACAAUAACAAGGAUGUGAAAGUCUUCGUCCCUGGAAUAUCAGUGAGGUACUACUGUGACCCAGGGUACACCCUCACUGGGACAACAAAAGUUUCUUGUCUGCCAUCUGGAACCUGGAGCAUCCCUUACCCUCGAUGUGAAGCAUUGCCUUGUCCUCCACCUCCGGUCAUCGCCAACGCCACGCCCAGCGCUGAGCUCGGGGAGAACUUCACGAGUGGCAUGUCCGUCACCUACAGCUGUGACCCGGGCUUCUCCCUCAUCGGCAAUGCUUCGCUUUCAUGCACGGCGGUGGGGAACUGGAGCCUCCCUUACCCUCGCUGUGCAGCUGGAUGUGGUACACCAACAACAUUAUUGUUUGCUGAGUUAAACAAGGAACACAAAAAUCAGAUGGAGUUUCCUGUUGGGAAGACUGUGAAAUACACUUGCCGACCAGGAUACAUUAAACUUCCACACAUAUCACCGGCAAUUACAUGUCUCGAAAAUCAAACGUGGUCUGACGCCCAGGAGUUUUGCAAACGGAAAAGGUGUGAUCAUCCAGGAGAACCUGAAAAUGGCAGAGUUGUUGUUCUGACAGAUCUCCUCUUUGGGUCAACAGUGAAUUACACGUGUGAUGAAGGGCACAGGCUGACUGGGCACGCUCAGAGGCACUGCGUCAUUUCUGGGUCCGGAAAGCAAGUUGUGUGGAGCGGUGACAUUCCUGUCUGCCAGCCAAUCGUGUGUGACCCGCCUCCGGACAUCCCUCAUGGGAGACACACUGGCCACCUGAUGGACGACUUCUCCUACGCGGCUGUGGUCACGUACACGUGCAACCUCGACCACCCCCUCACGGGAGAGCCCUCUAUUUUCUGCACCACAGAGGACGGGGUACACGGCGUGUGGAGUGGGCCGCCGCCGCGGUGCGGAGGUAGGACUUUGCUGAGUGCAGGGCCGCUCUGUGCCUGUGAGGCCACGGACUAG